AUGAGCGUGAACUUCACUGCGCUCAUUGCGUUGGCGAUGCCCUUUGCGCAGGCCAUGCCCGGAGUCGUCAUACUGGAUGCCGCAAAUAAUGCACUGUCUAGCAAUGGCGAGGCUGGAAUGGCUGGCAAGGCGGGGAGGAUUGGUAUGAACGUCGUCGUUUGUCAUACCCGAGUUCAAUUCUUGAUUCUUUUGGCCUACUGUUGCGGAGUGAGGUGA